AUGGCGGAGUCUGCGCAGAAUGACAGCUCGCCCCAAGACCACGAUCAAAGCAAGCCGAAUCCCAGGUCACUCUUAAGGAGAUUGUCACAGAGUUUCGGGGAAUCACGGCCGCCAGAAGGUCUAAUGGCUGCGACGAGCCAGGUCGCGUCUUCCGUCUUCGCGGGUCACCCGCGAGUUGGGCAGCAAGCACUGCCCUCUGAAAUCGAACAGACGGCAACUCAAUCAGCGCCUGCAGAGCAGACCGACGGUCAGACUACGAAAGAUGAAGAAAAGCGACAGUUGAAUCCCGAAGCCAGCCGCGUGCCUUCGUCCGACGAAGGAACCCUCAUAAACGAAGCCUCUCAUGUUAGCAACACCGAACCUCCAGCAAUCCAGCGCUCACACACCGCGCCCUUCCCGAAUGGUUACCAUUUCCCGCCGAAGUAUUCAUGGAAAGAGAUGAUGAUGCAGGGGCUGGAGCAUUUCUGGAAAUUCUUCACGACCCCGAUGGGGUUCUUCUGGACCAUAUACGGACUCAAUAUCGUGGCAUGGGGCGGUAUGCUGUUCUUACUGCUCUGCAACGCGGCGCCAGCUAUGUGCCACCCGACAUGCGACGACAUCAACUCACCACGGAGGAAAUGGAUCGAGUGGGACUCUCAGAUCUUGACAGCACUUUUUUGCGUCACCGCAUUUGGCCUGGCGCCGUGGCGGUUUCGCGACCUGUACUACCUACUCCAGUAUCGGCUGUUGGGAAAGCAAGAGGAGCUUCGCAAGUUGGCUGGCAUCCAUAAUGGCUGGUUCAGGUUGCCGGGCACACAGGAGCUAGCUGUGGACAUUGGGCCGGACAAUAUCCCAGACCACGUUCCUCGGGAGUGCAUACCGAUCCCCGAGAAAAGCAUGCCGAGUGCUCCGCUCACUGGUGUUCGUGCACCUGCAACUAAAGGAUGGAAACUAGACCUCGUGAUUUGGUGCAUGGUGUGGAACACAUUUGCGCAGUGUGGACUCUGCGGCAUCAUGUGGGGGAUGAAUCGGCACACGCGGCCCAGCUGGGCAACAGGCUUCCUGGUGGCGAUCGCUUGCAUCAUCGCCAUGGUUGGAGGGCUGGUGAUGUUCUUGGAGGGCAGGAAGGUUAAGAGCAUUGAAGGCGUGCCACUUACAGAGCGGGAUCUCGAAAAGUUGGCGCGCGAUAAGGAAUUAGGAAUUCCACACUACAACAACCUCAAGGAUAAGAAGCCGAAGGAGAAGAAAGACAAGGCCAAGGACAAGGAAAGGAGCAAUAACAGGGAACGAGAGGCUACAGACAACUAA